GUCAACCAUCACCAUCUGGAAUCUGGAGAGGAAGAAAUCAAUCCUCUAUCCUCUGCCGAUAAACGUUUAAAACCCGUCCACAUUCAUCAAAACCAUUGCCCAUUCCACAUUUCGAAGCUCAUAUUUAUCCCUUUUCCCGUAUUGCGGAUCGGCUUUUUGUAUUCUCCCUUUUGUAUCAGUCAGUUGAUCGGAGGCGGAUCCAUGGCGGAGAAAUCGUUCAAGUACGUGAUCAUCGGCGGUGGCGUUGCUGCUGGUUAUGCUGCUAGGGAGUUUUCCAAACAAGGAGUUAAGCCUGGAGAGCUAGCAGUAAUUUCCAAAGAGGCGGUUGCUCCAUAUGAGCGCCCAGCACUUAGCAAGGCUUACCUCUUUCCUCAAGGAGCUGCUAGACUCCCAGGCUUUCAUGUAUGUGUUGGAAGUGGAGGGGAAAGAUUAUCUCCUGAGUGGUACAUAGAGAAAGGUAUUUCAUUGAUCCUGAGCACAGAAAUUGUGAAAGCAGAUCUUUCUUCAAAGACACUUGUUAGUGCUGCCGGGGAAGCAUUUAAAUACGAAGUUCUGAUUAUUGCAACCGGCUCAACAGUUAUAAGAUUGACAGAUUUUGGUGUGCAAGGUGCUGAUUCUAAAAACAUCUUGUACUUGAGAGACAUUGAUGAUGCUGAUAAGCUUGUGGAAGCAUUGAAAUCAAAGAAAAAUGGGAAGGCUGUUAUUGUUGGUGGAGGGUACAUUGGCCUUGAGCUUAGUGCAGUACUUACAAUGAACAACAUUGAUGUCACUAUGGUAUACCCAGAACCAUGGUGCAUGCCUCGGCUUUUCACAGCUGAUAUUGCUGCUUUCUACGAAGGAUAUUAUGAGAACAAAGGAGUCAAAAUCAUCAAGGGUACUGUAGCAACUGGGUUUGUUUCCCAUGCUAAUGGGGAGGUGAAAGAAGUUAUCCUGAAGGAUGGCAGGGUAUUGGAAGCUGACAUUGUUGUUGUAGGUGUUGGAGGAAGACCUCUUACAAAGUUGUUUAAAGGUCAGAUUGAGGAGGAGAAAGGUGGAAUUAAGACUGAUGGAUUUUUCAAGACAAAUGUUCCUGAUGUAUAUGCUGUUGGGGAUGUUGCAACCUUCCCUCUGAAGUUAUACAAUGAACUCAGAAGAGUUGAACAUGUUGAUCAUGCUCGUAAAUCUGCGGAACAAGCUGUGAAGGCAAUAUACGCAAGCGAGCAAGGGAGAACCAUCGAUGAGUACGACUAUCUUCCCUACUUUUACUCCCGUGCCUUUGAUUUGUCGUGGCAGUUCUAUGGCGACAAUGUGGGCGAAACGGUGCUGUUUGGGGACAGUAACCCCAAGUCUCCAAACCACAAGUUUGGACAGUACUGGAUCCAGAACGGGAAAGUUAUUGGUGCGUUCUUAGAGAGCGGGACUCCCGAAGAGAACAAUGCUAUUUCCAAAGUUGCAAGGGCUCAGCCUACUGCCCUAAGCUUGGAAGAAUUGGCAAAGGAGGGCAUUAAUUUUGCUGCCAAGAUCUGAAAUGUCUUUGCUACUUUAUACUUCUCUCAUGUAUUCAACGAUUAUUAUGUGUGUUUGUUUUUGUUUAAUAAUGUGCUGACUGGACAUGCACAUACCAGGGCUUUGCACCUUGUUUUCUUACAUGAUCAUGUUGAGGUCACUUUUUUAUUUGAUGAAAUGAUAUUUUGUUGAUUUCCAUAGCCAACAAGGCUACACAGAGGGACUAACCACUGGAUACUGCUAGAGAGAAUGUUUUUGUUUGAUAGUGAGAUGGAGUAGUGCAUUAUAACUCAAAUAACUUGAUACUCCAUUU